UAUGGAUUUAUUAGGGACCAAGUUAUUGUCCAUGUUUCUUUUAGGAGGGAUUUCUUUAUUGAUAGGUCUCCUAGUAUGGAAAGCAAGUGGACUACUGGGGUUUAGGAAACAGAAGAAUGGAAGACGACAAUUAAUCUUGACUUCUCUUCUCCUGUGUUUUGGUGGUGGAGUUCUCCUAGCUACAGCGCUCCUUCAUAUACUGCCUGAGGCCCAAGAAGGCCUGGAACUGGAAGCUGAGAAAACUGGAAUACACUGGUUAGGAGAACUGUGUUUAUGUUUAGGUUUUUUCCUGGUGUACAUGGUCGAGGAGCUGGUACACCUAGUUCUUCAUGUUACCAAACAUACAGAACAAAUACACAGGACGUUUUCGAUGCGAAAAUCGAACGCAAAUCAUGACACAUCGGAUGGAAGGAUUGAGGGAAAGGAUGAGGAGAAGGAUGAGAGACGGGAUGAGGAGGAUAAAGAAGGGUUGGAUGAGAAUGGAAUCCAACCUGCUGAUGUGAAUAUAGAAAAUGUAAAUACAGUCGAGAGAUGUUGUGAAAACAAGCCUGAAUGUCACAGCGAUAUGGAGCUUGGGGCAGUUGAUGAGGCAAACAAUACUAAAUACAAUCCAAAAUAUGAGGUUAGGUUAAGCCUGAGUACCAACACAAUGUUCCCAAACUACCAUUCCCCGGAUACUGUUGAUGUAAAGUCCCCAAAGGCCGUGAGAAAGCUACGAGAAUCAAUGAGAAAGCACAAAGAGGCGCAUGAUGGUAAAUCCCACGUGGUUGAAGCUUCAGAAAACAUCAUGAAGGAUUUAAUAACAGUAUUGGCGCUAUCCUUCCACGCUGUGUUUGAGGGACUAGCAGUUGGAUUGGAGGAAGAUAUUGCAGAUGUAUGGACUCUUUUCGGAGCGAUAGCAGCGCACAAGUUCGUGAUCACAUUUUGUGUCUGCGUAGAACUAAUGCAGUCAGGGACAAAGACGUUGUUCUAUUUUCUCUACCUGACUACAUUUUCAUUGGUUUCCCCCUUGGGGAUAGGGAUAGGCCUUCUUAUUAGUGAGCUGGGUAGUAAAGAUGAAUUUCACAUGACAACAAUAGCUGUUCUACAGGGUUUAGCUGGUGGAACUAUUAUUUAUGUUGUAAUGUUUGAGGUUCUACAGAGAGAAAAGGUUAAAGAGGUUUCUGGGCUGCUACAACUCCUCUGUAUUAUUAUAGGAUUCUCAUUAAUGCUCACAAUAGAAGUUUUCGGUGGACACAGUCAUGAACAUGAACACGAACAUGAACAUGAACAUGAACAUGAAAAUGUUCGAAAUAGUUCUCUUCUAAUUCCAAGUUUUUUCAACCAAACAGACUUUGUUCCACUCGAGGAUUUUGAACAUGAUGAUCUACUUCACAAUCAUAACAAUCUUGAUGAAUCUGGGUACCUAGUUGUUCAAGAUCAACCCAUACCUCAGCUUGAUCUCGAUCUACCUCCUGAUCAUGAACACCUUGAUCAUGAUCAUGAUAUCAUUUAAAUCACCUGUUUAAAUCUUACCUUAGCUUAGUCCAAUAAAUCUGAAUGUUCAA